AUGCAUCCGCAACUCUUGUUCCGCCCCAGACAGCCCGCUUCCCCUGCUGCUGCUGCUGCUGCUGCUGCUCCUUCUCCUCCUCCUCCUUCUUCUUCUCCUUCUCCUGCUUCGUCUCCUGCUCCUGCGCCUGACGUUCCUCGCUCUGUAAUUCGACAUGGUCCACUGUUCGAGGAUCGCGGCAUGCGGAGCCCCGGUAGUGACAACGACAGCACCGGUAAACCGUCGUUAAACUUUGAUGGCUUCGACUACAUGACCCCUGGCCCGGCAGAAGCUCCGUUAUCGCCCCUCGGCGCGACGGUGCCAAGCAUCCGCUCAAAAGGCUCCAACGCCUCCCUCGUCGAGUCGUCCACUGACUCCAUGGAAACGACCGCCACGUCACUCUUGCCGGCUCUGCAGUCCAAGGGAGACGUUGGCGAUGACCUUUUGCGGCCGCUGCCGGACCAUGAGCUCGACCCCGGCAGCUUUGACAUCAUCUGCCCGAGCCUCGACCAAGGCCCCGGCUACUCCCUCGCCAGGCGAUCCGAGCUUCUCUUCUCGGAAAAGCACAUGGCCGUCAUACUGGGCGAUUCGCGCAUCCUGGGCCAGUUUACCAAGUUCCUCGCCACCGUGCGACCGGCUUCGCUACCCCUCCUUACAUACUACCUCGAUUCCGAAAAGGCCAUCAGGGCCAUCAAGUACGCCAACUCCGUGACGGCGUCGUUGACCAACCUGCCCAAGCACGCCUUUACCGCCGACCACGUCCACGAUACCGUCAACCAGGAGCUUCAGUCCAAACGCGAUGCCGCCUUCCAGGCAUUGACGAGGGACGAGCUGCCCAUGUUCAUCACCCACGCGUGGAUUCGCAUCGUCAGCGUCUCCAUCAGGCGAAGAAUAAUGGGCACCUUGCCAUCGUAUCUGAGGGAGGCAUCCGAGGGUCUGGCAGAGGUGUUUUGUCUCACGGAUCCCUCCAGACACGAUAACCCCAUUAUUCUCGCCUCGAGCGAGUUCCACCGCACAACUCAAUACGGCUUAAACGACGUCAUAGGCCGCAACUGCCGCUUCUUGCAAGGCCCUGCGACGAAUCCAUUCAGCGUCAAACGAAUACGGGACAGCCUCGCCGCGGGCAAGGAGCACUUUGAAACCUUCCUCAAUUACCGCCGCGACGGGUCUCCCUUUAUGAACCUCCUCCUCUGCGCACCGCUCAUCGACUCGAGGGGCACGGUCCGGUACUUCCUCGGCGCGCAGGUCGACGUGUCGGGGCUGGCCAAGGAGUGCGCCGAGCUGGACGGCCUCCAGCGACUCGUCCAGGACGAGGAGGACGAGAAAAACGCCGCCAGGACGGGCGAAGCCGGAGUCAGGUGGGGGGAGGAGCAGCAGCAGCAGCAGCAGACGCCGCCGCCGCCGCCGCCGCCCAAGUCCUCAACGAGCGCUUGCCGCGACCUAAGUGAAAUGUUUAACCGCCACGAGGUCGAGACUGUCCGAUGCUACGGCGGCGCCAUGCGCCAGCUGCGAAACGACGACCUGUUCUCGCACGGUGGGGGCUGGAGUAACGCGCCGUACCUGGUCAUCGACGACGGGCCUUCGCCUACGGAGUCGCUGAGGGCAGACAUGGUGCCGGAGCUCCCGCCCCGAAGGGAUCGGCCGCUGCAGCCGCCCGCCCAGGCCCUCAACGGACGCUUGGCAGGAAUCUACCAGCACUAUCUGCUCGUGCGGCCGGCCCCCAGCUUCCAGAUCCUGUUUGCCUCCCCCACCCUGCGCGUGCCGGGCAUACUGCAAAGCCCGUUCCUCUCGCGCAUCGGCGGAUCCGGUCGCGUGCGCGACCAGAUCGCCCAGGCUUUCGCCGAAGGCAGAGGCGUCACGGCAAAGAUACGCUGGCUCUCCACGUCUCGCCGGCACGCACACGUGUCGGAGCGGGGCAGGCCGCGCUGGCUGCACUGCACGCCGAUGCGCGGCGUCAACGGCGUGAUUGGCCUGUGGAUGAUUGUCAUUGUGGACGACGAAGCGUCCGAGGGGGAUGCGGGCGGCAACCUGGCGGAUCUGGCACCGCCUCAGGAGAAGCGCAGGCCGGCGGCCCUGCGGAUGGCGCCGCCGAUUGAGGCGCAGCGGAAGCCGACGUCGUACAUUACGGACGACGGGGCGCAGCCGACCUGGGAGGGUUGA